AUGUGUGUGGACCUCACCCUCUUCCCCCUGGACACUAUUAAGACCAGACUGCAGAGCCAGCAGGGCUUCGCUAAGGCUGGGGGUUUCCGGGGCAUCUAUGCAGGGGUCCCAUCUGCAGCCAUCGGCUCGUUCCCCAAUGGUGAGUCACUUAUUAUUAGUCUCUGGCACCACUAAGACCCCACAGAAAGACUACCUGUUGACACACCAUAAUAAAGCCUACCCAUGGAGAGCAUCUGAUGGGCUAGUUUAUUCAUGUUUCAAGUGUAAUUUAUUCAAAGAACCGCUUAAAUAAAUAAAUACAUAAAAAAAUAUAUAAAUAAAUGUUAGUGUUUUCCUUUUCCGACCAGCCUAUGUUUGCCCACACUGUUGAUUGAUUAAAUAAUUUGAAUAAUAAAAUGAGAGCAGCUCACAAACAUAUUAAUGAGAUAGGAAAGGCUAUAUACGGACACCACUGGUGCCCAAAUUGAUGACGUAUGUCUCGCAGCUGAGAGUCGAGUGGAGACGGAUGGAUUCGGUUCAGUCAACCGUCCUGAUGAGCCCGUCCUAACUAGCUAGUUUAUGCUGGCUAGCUGGCAACAACAGCAGCAUGGUGCUAGUUAAAACUUGUAAAAUAAUGUUAUGUUUAUUUUGAUGGACAGGGAGAAAUAACUAAACUUGUAGUAUUGGUCACCAUCUGGAUGUCACCGUGACAUGCUAAUUAGCUAACGUUAAGACAAUCCGGUGCGAAUGACCAGUGCUUGCUGACCUGAGUUGCUUCCCACAGGGCAGCUGUAUCACAUGUCUCCGGCAGUAGCGAAGGUGGAAAAAAAAAAAAUCAUCCAACUUGACUUUAUUUUGAGUAGUAUAGCAGUCUACACGAAAAAUAACUUGUAAUAUUGGUAGUAAUCAUGUCACCGUGAUACAGUCUACUUCUCAAUGGGCAGAGUUUGCGUUGCAAGCUGGCAACACAACAACACAGGGCACAGUGUCCUUCGCUCCUGCUUGCCGAGCACUGCUGUCCCAUAAGGAGAGGAAAGGAGCGUUAGUAUUAGUAUUUAUUAGGAUCCCCAUGCCAAGGCAGAAGCUAAUCUUCCUAGGGUCCGAACAGGGUUAAAACAAUUACAUCACAACAAAACACAACAACAGUCUACAUCAUAAAUAAAACAAUGCGUCAUACAAGAUAUUAUUACAUUAUUACUGUAAUAUUACACAUUUACAAUAUAAAAUGUACAAUAACACAACAUUACAUUGUGUGUGUGUGUGUGUUUGUGGAGUCCAUGUGCUAGUGUGUGUGUGUGUUUUCACAGUCCGCGUUGUACCGUGAGGUGUUGUUUUAUCAGUUUUUUAAAAUCAGAUUUUAGUGCUCGCUUGAGUUACUUGAUGUGGAAUAGAGUUGUAGUACUGUGUUUCCCAGAGUCAGUUCUGGACUUGGAGACUGUGAAGAGACCCCUGGUGGCAUGUCUUGUGGGAUAUGUAUGGGUGUCUGAGCUGUGUGUUAGCUGUUUGAACAGACAGUUCGGCGCUUUCAACAUGUCAAUACCUCUCACAAAGAAAAGUCGUGAUACAGUCAAUCUCUCCUCUACUUUGAGCCAGGAGAGAUUGACAUGCAUGUUAUUGAUAUUAGCCCUCUGUGUACAUUUAAGGGCCAGCUGCUCUGUUCUGGGCUAACUGUAAUUUGCCUUUGUUCUUCUUUGUGGCACUUGACCAUAUAACUGGGCAGUAGUCCAGGUGUGAUACAAUUAGGGCCUGUAGGACUUGUUUAGUUGAUUGUGAUGUCAAGAAAGCAGAGCAGCGCUUUAUUACGGACAGACCUCACACCAUUUUAGCUACCAUUGCAUCAGUAUGUUUUGUCCAUGAAGCUAGCUAGUGUAGCCAAUAUCAGGCCAGGGUGACAGUUAAAGCACAUUUAUUGUAGCUAGUGAUUUUUGCCGAAAACGUACUACUAGGCUUACAGUAUUAAUGUCUAAAUUAAAAAAAAUAAUACGAAAUGAUUCUGAACACUCUCCCAAUUCCCAAUUUCGACAGACAAGUCUCAAAUUCUCGCUGAAGUUUCGAGCCACAAGCAUAAACUAGCUAGCAGGGAUUGGCUCAUCAGUACGACUGACUGAAAUGAAUCCGUUCAUCUCCACUCGACUCUCAGCUGCGCGACAUACGUCAUCAAUUUGGGCACCAGGCGUGUCUGUAUAGCCUCUCUCUCUCCUUCCCCAACUCUCUAUCUCUCUCUCUCCCCACUUUUUCUCUCUCACGCUACCCACCCUCUCUCUCACUAUCUUACUCUACUCACCCUCUCUCUCACUCUCUCACUCUCUCACUCUCUCCUCUCUCCUUCACUCCUUCUCCCCUCCCUCCAACCCUCUCUCUCUCUACCCUUCUUCCAACCCCUCACGCUUUCUCACUCUACCCACCCUGUCUCUCUCCAUCUCCCUUGUCCGUAGUCAGUGUUAUUAAUUGCUGUAUGCAGGUUGACUAAUGGUUCCUAAACUGUGACGGUUCUGCUUGGUUUCAGCUGCUGCGUUCUUCGUCACUUAUGAAAGCACAAAGUCCAUGCUCGGAGCCCACGGAGUCCUCUCAGCCCCACAGAUGGCACCUGUCACUCACAUGCUUGGUGCCUCCCUGGGAGAAAUAGUACGUCUCACAUCUUCUUUUUCCUUCUGUCUUGAUCUUUCUUUCUUUCUUUCUUUCUUUCUUUCUUUCUUUCUUUCUUUCUUUCUUUCUUUCUUUCUUUCUUUCUCUUGCAUGCGUCACAGUCCAAAUGCAGCAUGCUUGUUUACUUAAUUGCCUGAAAAUUUCACAGACAAAUAUGUGCUGGGUUAGAAUGUGAUUUUGGCUGUGGGCCUCGGGCCCAGCUGGGUUACUUGGGGUCCUUGGGCGUCUUAGCAUUUCUCCACCAGCUGGGUAAAUAAGAUCUCAUUAUUGGCUAUUGACUUAGCUAUUUUCCCCACGUGGCCCCAGACUCCCUCAAUUUUGUCUGAGGAUUUGGGCUUUAAAGCGAUGAGGAGCGGCACAAUUUCCUCUGUUGAUCCAGUCCUAAUCGCUCACUGCCAAGGAAUCCGUCCCUUUGGGGCUCGCUGUUCACGUUGGCAUGAGAGGAGGUUUCCCCUGUCUUCUCCUGCCUGGUGGUAGGAGUCUUCUCCUGCCUCCUACCACCACCUCCACCACCCCCACUAGUACUGGUCCUUAGUAUUCAUGGCUUUUGGAUAGAUGUCAUUUCAAGUUUUACAUGUAUUGUGAAACACUGUUAGCAUUUUCUGUUGUCUUUUUGUUCAGUCAACGGUGAGGUCAGUGCUGCUUUUAAACCUUAACCUGCUACCAGGGAUUUGAGCACUUUAAAAGGGGAAGCCAUGGUGCCCCGCUGCAUUCUGGGUACACGUUACGUGAUUCAAAGGAAGUAAUCUCCCGGCUUACUCAUAAAAGGCCUAACCCAGGGCAGCCCAGAGAGACACCGACAAGUAACAAAACAUCUUCCAGAUUACGCAACUGUUUCCACGUGUCAUUCUGUCUUCUACCCACGAUGCAUAUUUGGAGUUGAUUACAGAUGGAAUAUGUGGACACCCCUUCAAAACUAUGUGGACACCUCUUCAAAUUAGUGGAUUCGGCUAUUUCAGCCACACCCGUUGCUGACAGGUGUAUAAAAUCGAGAACACAGAACUGCAAUCUCCAUAGACAAAUAUUGGCAGUAGAAUGGCCUUACUGAAGAGUCAUAGGAUGCCACCUUUCCAACAAGUCAGUUCGUAAAAUUUGUAAGUGAUGUUAUUGUGAAGUGGAAAUGUCUAGGAGCAACAACGGCUCAGCCGCAAAGUGGUAGGCCACAUAAGCUCACAGAACAGGAUUGCACAGAACAGGAUCUCGGUUGCAACACUCACUACCGAGUUUCAAACUGCCUCUGGAAGCAACGUCAGCACGAUAACUGUUCGUCGGGAGCUUCAUGAAAUGGGUUUCCAUGGCCGAGCAUCCGCACACAAGCCUAAGAGCACCAUGCGCAAUGCCAAGCCUCGGCUGGAGUGGUGUAAAGCUUGCCGCCAUUGGACUCUGGAGCAGUGGAAACGCGUUCUCUGGAAUGAUGAACCACGCUUCACCAUCUGGCAGUCCGACGGACGAAUCUGGGUAUGGCGGAUGCCAGGAAAACGCUACCUGCACGAAUGCAUAGUGCCAACUGUAAAAUUUGGUGGAGGAGGAAUAAUGGUCUGGGGCUGUUUUUCAUGGUUCGGGCUAGGCCCCUUAGUUUCAGUGAAGGGAAAUCUUAACGCUGCAGCGUACAAUAACGUUCUAGACAAUUCUGUGCUUCCAUCUUUGUGGCAACAGUUUGGGGGAAGGCCCUUUCCUGUUUCAGCAUGACAAUGCCUCCGUGCACAAAGCGAGGUCCAUACAGAAAUGGUUUGUCGAGGUCAAUGUGGAAUGCCGACUGCGAGCCAGGCCUAAUCGCCCAACAUCAGUGCCCGACCUCACUAAUGCUCUUGUGGCUGAAUGGAAGCAUGUCCCCGCAGCAAUGUUCCAACAUUUAGUGGAAAGCCUUCCCAGAAGAGUGUAGGCUGUUAUAGCAGCAAAGGGGGAACCGACUCCAUAUUAAUGCGCAUGAUUUUGGAAUGAGAUGGUCGGUGUCCACAUACUUUGUCAUGUAGUGUAUCUCAGAUCCCUAGAUAAUCAUUGUAUGAAUUACAAAAUUAUAAACAAAAAAUGCCUUGGACUUGAAGUCACUGCCCUAGAUAGAUGGAGGUGUUGAGAGGUUGAGUUAGAACUGAGGUGGUAAUCCUUGUGACCUGUGCAGCGCAGGAGGUUGGUGGCACCUUAAUUGGGGAGAACGGGCUCGGGGUAGUGACUGGAGCGGAGUCAGUGGAAUGGUAUCAAAUAUACAUUUCCAGGUGUUUGAUGCCAUUCCAUUUGCUCCGUUCCGGCCAUUAUUAUGAGCCGUUCUCCCCUCAGCAGCCUCCACUGCUGUGCAGUCAUCAUUAAGGAGAUAGUCAAAUACACUGUAUAUCCCUGAGUUAAAGCCCUCAGCUUCAGCCUCUGUCUUAGAGUCCUGUCUCCACUUCCAAGUUUCAGUUUGAAGAAUUAUUAGUCGUAUGUACGGGAUAUGCAUGGUAUACAUCGUCCAACGAAAUGCUAACUUGCAGGUUUAUUCUCGACAAUGCAACAACAUUAAUAAAUAAUAAAAGAUAAGAAUACAAACAUAAAGUAAAUGGUAGUAGAAUAGAACAAUACAUGUUAGCAUAAGUAUAAUACAGGAAGGCACCAUUUAUAUUCCAAUAUUUACAUGUGUUUUGGGGGAAGGGGGGACUGGGGGGCAAGUGUUUGAAUUGAGCAGUAUUAGCAUUAGUAAAUAAGAGUCUGGUAGCAGCAGUUGUGAUGUGUGUGUAGCAUGAAUAUGUGUGUGUCUGUGUGGGUGUGUGCAUGAGUGAGGGCAUGUGUGCUAAGGUGCGGAGAAUCAGAGUAGGUGGUCAGUUCAGUUCAAGUGUUCAGAAGUCUGAUAGCUUGUAGAUAGAAAUUGUCUCUGAGCCUGUUGGUAUCAGACCUCAUGCUCCGAUACCAUUCUGCCCGACGAUAAGGGAGAGAACAGCUUCGAGUAGAUGUCCUGGAUGGGUGGGAGCACAGUCCCUUGCGGUCGUGGUUGUAGCAAUACCCGUACCAGGCCGUGAUGCAACCGGUUAGGACGCUCUCAAUGGUGCAGCGGGAGUAUUUGGAAACUACCCAGGGUGGCCUGCCGAAUUUCUUCAGCUGCCUUAGGAAGUAGAGACGCUUUUGCGCCCUCUUGACAAGAGUGGUGGUGGUGGUGUUGGUCCAUGUCAAGUCCUCAGGGAUGUGGAUGCAGAGGAAGUUAAAACUCGUGACUCUCUCUACUGCAAUCAUCCAAUCUGACAGGUCACCCUGUGCCCUAACACAGAGGGUAUAUAUGAAUCUUUGUAUUUAUAUAUAUUUUUUUUAAUAUAUGGCUGCCUCAAAUUCCUAUUUUCUUCUUUAACUUCUCUUCUUGUACACAACAUGAUGAGAAGUAGAGCCUCAGGAGAGGUUUGCCAGAGGCUCUGUCAGACACACACACUCUGGCAGGUCAUCAGGCCCCAUCUUUGCCCAUCUCCUGCGCCUCUCUUAACUUGCUGUGUGUGAAUACAAAUCAGGCCCACCUUGUCACCACCAAAUGAAAACACCAGAAUCCCAUUAUGUUCUUUUUCCCCCUUCUCCACAUUACCUUAACCUUCCUUUACUUCUGUCUGUUGUCAGGCAGGCACAGAGCACAGAUGCCAGUUAGAUUCUUCCAUUCUCUCUCAUUCACUGUCUCUGCUUCGCUCUUUCACACUCUCUUUCACGCUCUCUCUCUCUUUCUCUCCCUCCCUCUCUUGAUGAUUCUCUGUCAGCAGCUGGCUGUAGGUAUGGCCUCACAAACACCAGAAAUGAGGUGUGAUUUGGUGCUACACGCUAAAAAUAAAACGUUCCUGGAGUAUCCUUUAGGGGUUCUUCAAAUUGAAACUGUGGGGGAACCCCUAUAAGUUCUUCGAAGAACCCUUUAAUGGAUCCUCGAAUAACCUUUUGAAGAACCUUUUGGGGUUCAUUUUAACUACCCCCCCCUCCCCUAUUAUUAUUAUUAUUAUUAUUAAUAAUAAUAAUAAUAAUAUGCAUAACAAUAACACAAUAUUUUAGUUGUCAGUGUUUAUUAUGAUUUUAGUGGCAAAGCAGGAUAAAAAAAUGGGUAUAUCCUCUGGUGUGUUGAUGUUAAUGUGUUGAUGUUCUCCGUAUCCAUAGCCAGAAUGAUUUUGCAGUGCAUGAUGAUCGAACAGGGUGUAGGGAGGGUGAUGUCUAAAUCCACAUUUUUUAAAAUUAUACAGAUGAUUAACAAAACAAGACAGGAUACAUACCUUGGUUUUUGUGGUAAAUGUGAAUGAAAAAAACUGUUUUGAUAAUGGUUUUCAUACUUAUACCUUGUCCAUAAUGUAGAGGCCUAUGGGAUAUUCAAUGAAGGGGUAAGGGAGGAGGAUGGUAAAUGUGAUCUGCAUAACAUACCAAUACAAAUUGACAUACCUUUGUAUGCCUCCUCGUCUGUAUACCUGCAGACACAGACACAAAAGAGGGCAGUUCAGUCAUCUGCACCCAAUACAGCUAGCCUUCAACAUAUUCUUAUAGCCUACAUAUUCUUACCUCUUUGUUGAUUGAUAUCCAUAGAAUUUUGUAAAUGUUCUGUUUUAGAAAGAUUUGCACAAAUAUGAAAAGAUAGAUGGUAUUGUAAAACAAUAUCAAUUUAGAACACACAAGGGACUAACCUUACCUUAAAUUGAGACCUUUACAUUUUUCAGUUAAGUGCCUGCAUCUGCUGUCCUUUCAAAUUCAAAUCCAAAUGUUUCAGUUGGGCAGUUAGGUUUCUGCUAGAACCCACACCAACUAAGAAGGUUCCUCGAUGAACCCCACCUCCUAUGGGGUUCUUGGAAGAACCUUUUGGGGGAAAUCUUCAGUGCCAAGAACCUUAAGGUUCUUCGAAGAACUUUGAGGAUCUUAGAAGAAUCCUGGUUGAACCCCUAAUUUUUAGAGUGUAGUCAAACCCCAGGGGACUCCAUUUUGUUUUGUUAUGCCAACUGUGUGCAGGUUGGAACAUUCUGGACUAGAGGCACACAAUCAGGAUUCAAGUUUUGUCAGGGACAAUAACGAUUUGCCACAGAAGAUUUUUCUUUAGUUCAAGUGUUUCAUCAUCAUAGGGGAAUCGUGGGUGACCUCGUUCUCCAAGGUUUUUUGCAGAUGACAACUCUCUAUAGUCUACUUCUUGCAACCUUUCUAACAGAAAGAUAAGAGGAAACAAAUAAAGAAACAACCAAAGACAGAGAGGAGGAGGAGGAAGGAAAGUGAGAAUAGGAGACAAGCCUCAGCUCCGUUGUUUUAGUGACUGUCCCUCCCAUUUAGAAUGGUGGAACUGAUGGUGUCUGUCAGGGCUAGCAGGUUGUUAUCCAACCAUUAUAUCACAUUUAUCUUCAUUCCCAUUCGCCCGACACAGGCCCUGAAAGCUCAUUUGUCAAGCGGAGGGAGCGGCUUUCUUGCAUUUAUAAACCCUGUCUUCUGGAGGAUGUACUGUGUGACAUGACAAGGGGGGCGGGGCGGGGUGGCAACUGGCAGCUACUUAACUUGGCACAGCCUGGAAUAAUCCAUGCAUCGCCUCCCUGAAGAGACGAGACGGCAGCAUGUGAUUUAUUGGGUGUCUCAACUACAACUUUGUAUCGCAUCAUCCUCAUCUCUCCCUCCUCACCCCGCCUCAAAUUGAGUUGUGCUCCAAAUUGGAUGUUUGAUGAAAAUGCACAGUGUCAGAGGGAGAUUGGCUCAGCCAUAUCUAAUAUGACUAUCCAGCCUGUGUCUGUUGAUCGUCAUGUGUAGAAAUUGCCCAUUGCCGUCUGUCACUGAUGUGUUUCUGCAGGACUGCGACCCAGGAGCCUCCUCAGAGGUUCAAAAGAAAACAGAUUUGCAGGAUUUCAGAGCGAAGAGAUGUAGUUGAUGUUUAUGCAGUUAUUACGACCUGUAGGAGAUGGAUGUUCUGAUAGAAUUCUGACUUCCUGUGGGAAAUACUGCUGGGCAGCUGAGGUGAUCAGCGAUGAUCCGGAAUGUUCUAUUGGUUUUCUUCCUGAUUCUGAAAUAACUUCAGUGGCGACAGACAGUGUGUGUGGAUUGCCAUUGAUGGUCUUAUGAAAGUUAGACUGAAAUGUGUGUUUGGGGAUGGCUGAAGUGAGAUUCUGGAAAAAGAUAAGCUGCUCUCUAGGAACUACUGAACUACUUAUCUCUUACACUGGUCAAAUUGGUCACUGUGUUGGUCUGUGUUUACUGCAAACUCCCCAGUGCUGCAACAUUUGCAUUUUUAGAUGGGCCUGUUUAGUUAUUCCAUCUGUUUUGAGUUAUUUCAUCCCACAUCACAUUUAGCCUGUCUCUCUCUGCUCAUGCCUGAGGCUGCUCCAUAUGUGUGGAUUCCACUCUGUUGCUUCAAUGCCAGUUCUUUCUAUGUUAGUAAGGCAGAGGGUUCUUUUAAAAGUGGCAUUGCCAAAAACUUUGAACGACAAAUGAAUCAAAGUUGUCUUAUCUGCUGUCUUGCCCAUUGUCUCUAAGCCUUCUGUUCUUCUACCUGUGGCUCUGUGGCUCUGUGGCUCUCUUUGUCUGUCAUGCAGACUGGCCACAGGAGCAGGAUCGUAGGCAGGGGAUUGACUGGCCAUGAGCCGGUUGGAGGGAAGGAGGGAGGGAGGUAACGACUCAAGCCCUGGAUUGAUUUACCUGCAUGCUGAUUGGUGCGGUGAGCCUUCGUUAAUUUCCCCUGUUCCUUCCAAAGCGUUUCCCCAGUGAUUGAGUGUGGGCUCGUCGGUUGUUGUUUGGUGGCGUCGUGGAAUUUGAAAGCCGUCGUCAUUAGGAUUUACAGCAGCAUGCAGCCAAGCAGGGAGGCAAGCCAGAGGAUACACAGGCUCAGAUCAGACGCUGCCUCUAAUUAACGCCACACACUCCAAAUUGCUUGUAAAUAAAGAUGAAUUGCGUAGGGAAUGUAAAAUACGCUGGCAGUGGAUUUAUCAUACAAUUAGCCUACCAGGCCAGUCUGUGGGAUGUGGGGGGGGUGGGGGGGGGGGGGGGGGGGGGGGGGGGGGGGUGUGAGGAGGGGGGACACGUCUGUCACACGCCCACACCCCUCCCUCUAAACGUGAGGUAACAACCCAGUCCCAGACAACCCAGUGGGGUACACCUAAAUCUGCCUCCACCCUGCCCAUCACUCAUGGGUCUGGUCUCAUUCACACACAUGCUCCUAAAACCCUCCUCUGAAAUGAUCUGUUCAGAGGAUGUACACUCACUCUCCCUUACUCUCCCCAUAGCAGUCCUCAAAUUACUCCCAAAUAAACAAUGUCCCUAAUUUAUUUGGUAUAAUCUGUGUCUCAUUCCGCAGCCUGCCGUGAGCUGAUGUGAGAGCGCCCGCCACCACUCCCAUCCCCAGAUUCAAUUGUCAGGAAUUACUUGUCAUAGCCACUUUUCUUUCCAUUUAGCAGCAUAAUUCUGAUCCUUUGGAGAAUUACGUGGGGAAACAUGAUAUACAAUGUAUGAUAAAUGUUAACCCAGCCAAAGGAAGAGUAAAUUAGAUCUUGGAAGUGGAUCCUGUCAGGUUGUAUAGUGGACAGAUGGCAGCUGGUGCUCUGUCUCACCACUGGGGGGCACUCUUGCACCAUGCUUUGGGGGGAGAAAACUGUCCUUUGAAGACACAGAGAAAGGCUACACUCACAUUUAGACACCUUUGCUAUGUAGGUUCUGGAGCAGGGGUUUGUUUCUUGUUUGACAGAACAUUUCAAAGUCAGAAGCAUUGUCAUUCUAACCUCAGAUGAAGUGGAAACAGUUAGUUCUCCAGGACCUGUUAGAAUUACAUCAUACCCACCUUCACCACAUGCUGGUCUCCUGUACUUGGGUGACCUUGAAAAUCAUCUUAGACAAGUUGUCAGCUACUGGUCGCUCUCUAUUCAUUUCACUUGAACUGUAAAAUGACUGGCUGUUCCCAGACAAAUGGAAUUCUCCAUCUCUCAGUCACCAGUGGUCACCCUCUCUCUACUCUCCAUCCCCCAUGUGCAGUCAAAACAUACAUUACAUGUAAUGACCUGCUCUGGCAGAGGGGUGCAGUGGGGGUGAAAGAGGGGAAUAUAGAGAGAUCUCCUAGCAGCUGGGCUGCAUCCUGGCUAGACUGCCCGAGACCAGAGAGGGCUGACUGGGCUGAGAGCUGAGGAUGGCCAAACCAGCAUACCAGUAAUCUCCAUGGUUACACUGUCACCUCAGUGUCAGACUCCCCUUGCGGAGUGAGAUUGCCGCUGCAACAGUAACGACAGCCAUCUCGUGCCGGAGGGAGUCUGGUGCAGCGCAGGGGGCUCCUCACCUCCCUCGGUCUGGGAGAUUGCUUCCCGUUACCGGUGCUCCCAGGUAUUUCCGCUCUGCUGCAGCAUUAAUGGGAAAUCAAGCGGAGCAGCCCAACCUUAAGGGAGCAGGAGGCAGCAGUCAUAAAUAUUCAUUAUCUUGAGGAAUUGUUUGCACUCCAUAUUUCUGUUGACAUGGGGGCUGUGUAGGAAUUUGUAUGGGUGAGGUAUGAAGGAUGGUGGGGUGGAGGGCUAUGUGUGUUUUGCAGAGAAGGACACAGAUGGGCAAUGAGGCGGUGACAGUGACCUUUUUACCUGCUGCUCAGGUGUCAAUGUGAUUAAGGGUUGAAUUGUUAGUCACACAGGCCAGUGCUGGGGCAUUAAUUAGCUUACAGAAGCACUAGGCCUACACUAAUAGAAACACCAGGUAGUCUACUCGCAGUAUAAUUGCUAGGUCAUUUUCUGCUUGGCAACUGUGGCGUCUGGCAGCUUACUGUUUUACAGUUUUCUCUUUAUCUAAAGCAAACAGGCUACAUACAGUACAGGAGAAUAGAUAGCAACUGUAUUUCUCAUCUGUUGCCUUAUCAGUUUGACUGUUUCACGAGUUUUAAUGUUCUUUACACUUGUCAGCGUGUGUGAUCUGUUCUGGGUGUUGUAAUGUCCUAUGUUCCUCCCCUAGGUGGCAUGUCUGAUCAGGGUGCCUACUGAGGUGGUGAAACAGAGGACUCAGGCCUCGCUGUCCUCCAACACCUACCAGGUGCUGCUGGCCACCCUCAGAGAGGAGGUAGGCCUACACCAUGACCCAUCAACACUACAAUAUUUGUUUUUCCAUUCUUUCCAUAUGUUCCAUGCAUGUGUGUGUAUCCAGACUGUGUGUGUGUGGUGUGUGUCUGAAUACCUAUCUUGUCUCUGUGCAGGGUGUCAGAGGCUUGUACAGGGGCUACAGGAGUACGGUACUCAGAGAGGUAGGUCUGGUCUCCCACACACACCCCUUCUACACUGACUCCACUAAAAGUACAUCAAAGCUUUCUCAUUGCAUUAGCCUCUAUCAAACAUCAUUGGCAGCUUCAUGGACUCCUCUUGAUCGUUUUUUGUCCCUCAAAUGCUUUUGCAGGUGUACAAGUACACUUGUAUGUAUGCAGCCUGUAACAUGUCAGGUAGUAUACUUGUAGACUGAGACUAUUCAGGAUUGAUUCAUUCAUUAUAACUGUGUGGAAGACGGUUGUAUUGUCUCCCAUUAUUCCUCUGAAAGCCUUCUAAAUCCCUCUGGGCAGAGAGGGGAGUGGAUGGAAUCACUGAACUAUUGGGUUUCAUUUUGCACAAUUACUUAACCGAGACCGGUUCCCUCUAAUGGAAUAUCUUGAUUAAUUAAAGUAAUUAGGGAUGUUAUAAAUGCAAAACAAAACAAGGAGAAAAAAAGAAGGGAUUGAACAUUGAACCAGUCCCCUUGAUGACGGCUCACCUUUGUAAUGGAGCGACCAGUCUGCUCCCACUCUCUGAUUCAUUACCUGCUGGUUAAUUGCAACUGCAGAGCAUGAUAAUGUGUAAUGGAUUCAGGCACGCUGCACACCACAGGAUUUUUUAUUCUUUCUAAUUUUCAAUAGAAUGAGAGAGAAACCACGAGAGGGGGGGAAGAGAAAUUGUAUGUGAGGGUGACAGUUGUUCUUCCCUCUCUGUUGUGGGUACUGUCCCUUACCGCUGUGCUAGCCUGUACUUAUUUUCUGCCUCACUAAACCGAUGUUAUUCACGCAAAUUCCAUCUGGACAGUGAGGAUAAAAAGGACAACAAGGCUCUGUGAUUUCUCCAAGGGGCUGUGAAUAAAUGAAUACAUUUGGAGGCUGGCACCCAGCCUGUGUGCAUACUAAGGGCCAGAUGAAACGGGCGGGGAGUGGGGCAGAGGAGCGCGCAGGAUCCUCCUCGCGAUUGGCAUUGACGUGCGGCAGGAUGGUAAUUCAUUUUCUCAUCCUGCUCGGCGACCCUGUCAAGAUAACUUUGUUUAUCCCGAGCAGCGCUCCCCCAGCACGGCCGCCUAAUUUAGGUCCUCUCCAUGAUGUAUAUUCAUUAAGGAUCCUUCAGAAGUGAUUUCUGAUGGCAGAGAUAUCACAGGUUACUGUAGGAGGCCGGAGGGAGUGUGGCUGUGGCCAGGACGAGGGGUUAGAGCAGUAGGUAGUGGUGGAGGACUGAUUCACAGCUGACAUGAUAAUGUUAGGUAGCACAUUCAUCUCUUAAUGUAUUUAUCUCUUCAGAUCUAUAGUUUCCUAAAUUAACUAUGACAUUGUUUAUCUUUGUAAAGCUGAUGUAGGAUUUAAGUUUCAGACAGAUGAUCCAGUAUGAAAUACCCAAGGCCAGGGGUACUCAACUCUUACCGUACGAGGUCCGGAGCCUGCUGGGUUUCUGUUCUACCUGAUAAUUAAUUGCACCCACCUGGUGUCCCAGGUCUAAAUCAGUCCCUGAUUAGAGGGGAACAAUGAAAAAAUGCAGUGGAACUGGCUUCGAGGUCCAGAGUUGAGUUUGAGGGCCCUAGGCCUAAAUGAGAAAUGCAUAAAUGCAAGCAAAGUGAUUUUGCUUUGUCUGUGCCAAAAGAAAGCACUUAAAUCCAAAGACAUGUUCUGGGGAAUAAUUAGUUUGGAUUCAUUUACAUUUAGUCAUUUCCUAUGCACUAGGCUGUUAGUUGCAUUUGUUGUCCAUUUAGAUCAUUAUAAAGCCCAGUAAAUCACCACCAUCAGAAUUAUGUAAAUGCUUAACAUUUCAUUAACAUUUUACAUUUUAGUCAUUUAGCAGACGCUCUUAUCCAGAGCGACUUACAGUUAGUGAGUGCAUACAUUACAUGUUUUUUUUUUUUGUGGUUAUUAUUCUUUUUUAAUACUGGCCCCCCGUGGGAAAUGAACCCACAAUCCUGGCGUUGCAAACGCCAUGCUCUACCAACUGAGCUACAUCCCUGCCGGCCAUUCCCUCCCCUACCCUGGACGACGCUGGGCCAAUUGUGCGCCGCCCCAUGGGUCUCCCGGUCACGGCCGGCUACGACAAAGCCUGGAUUCAAACCAGGAUCUCUAGUGGCACAGCUAGCACUGCAAUGCAGUGCCUUAGACCACUGCGCCACUCGGGAGUACAUUAAGGCCUUGCUUAGGUCUUUUGUUUAUGUACUUUGGCAUGUUCCCAGUUUGGGUGGGUUAUGGUACGUUCUCUCGCCUCACCAGCUUUUCAGUGUAUUGCUCUUGUUCACCACUAGAGCGCAGAAGAAGCUAAUUCCACUCAGAAUCCUAUGUUCUGCCCUCGCCUUCCUCUCCUCUCCAAACUGGCGUUAUGACAUUUAUGAGCACCAAUCACCCUGAUGAUAUUGAUAGACUUUUUUCUGCAUGACAAUAGUGAAAAUGUUUGAUUGAGAGCCCUUAUACUCUGGCCUCAAACAUAAGAAUUUAUCUUGGAGUUGAGCUAGACUGCUUCAAUUAUUUUUUCAGUAAUGAACUUCAAUUAUGUUAUUUGAUAGUUAUUUGCUAGUUUGCGUUGAGGAGGGCUGUGUAAGUGAAGCAGACAGUCAUUGCUCUCACAAGGUGGAAUGAUGGAGCUGCAUUAUCCUCUCUAGCCCUCAAGCACAACUCAGUACUCCUAUCACUCUCUCUCUCUCUCUCUCUCUGUCUCUCUAUGUCUCUCUCUUCCCCCUCUUUCUCUCCCUCUCUCUCACCCAACUGUGGGCUCUUCUUGUCUCCCAGGGAGUUGCUGUAGGAGAGAAAGCGUGACAGAGAGUGAGAAAGAGUGAGCGACUUGUCUUCGGUGCGUCUGUUUGACAGGAACAAAAGCUUGAUGAUUUAUGUGUCCCCGGUCCUCCUCCCAAUAACACGGCUGGAAACAGCAAUCGAGGCGCGCUGGAGAGAGAGACGAGAGCGGAUGAGACGCAAAAGGCAGGCUAGAGACGAGAGCGAGGACGCGCGAGAGCGAGCGCGUAGAGAGACUACGUAGCUAGAAUAGAGCCGGAUCUCUCUCUCGACUCUCUAUCUCUUAUCUAUGAUCGCUCUUUCUUGUCUUCUUUCUUCUUCUUUCUUUCUUCUUUCUUUCUUUCUUUCUUUCUUUCUUUUCUCUCUUCUUUUUUCUUUUCUUUCUUUCUUUCCCCCCACCCCCUCAGCAGACAAGGAGCUGGCAGCCAGCUCAGGAAGAGAACACAGUCUUACCAAACACAUCGCUCUCUCCUGGGCUGAGACUCCAGAAUGACUUGCUCUCCCUUGGGGCAUAUCUCUCUCUUAAAGCACUCAUAUGUAACUAUAAAUUCUCACCAAAGUAAAUACACUUUAACUGCACAGGUAAAAGGCCAUCUUUGACUAUAUAAAUUAACUCCUCUCUGUUCUCCUUUCCCUCUCGCUCAAGCACUCUCUCCUUUUCUCCCUCAAACACUGUUGACAUGAGGUCCUGUGGCCCAGGUCUAACCCCACGCCCAAUUUGUUUGAAUUGCUCUGUUGUUUACCUUCCUUCUCUGCCUCAGUCACAGUGGAAAGUGUGUGUGUGUGUUCUGAUGCAUGUGUGCAAGCGUGCAUGUCUGAUUUGGUACACCAAUAAUGGUCUUAUACACUGAGUAUACAAAACAUUAAGAACAUCUGCUCUUUCCAUGACAGACUAUCCAGGUGAAAGCUAUGAUCCCUUAUUGAUGUCACUUGUUAAAUCCACUUCAAGCAGUGUAGAUGAAGGGUAGGAGACAGGUUCAAGGAUUGUUAAGCCUUGAGACAACUGAGACAUGGAUUGUGUAUGUGUGCCAUUCAGAGGGUGAAUUGGCAAGACAAAAUAUGUAAGUGCCUUUGAACGGGGUAUGGUAGUAGGUGCCAGGCGCACCGGUUUGAGUGUGUCAAGAACUGCAACAGUGCUGUGUUUUUCACGCUCAACAGUUUCCCGUGUGUAUCAAGAAUGGUCCACCACCCAAAGGACAUCCAGCCAACUUGACACAACUGUGGGAAGCAUUGGAGUCAACAUGGGCCAGCAUCCCUGUGGAAUGCUUUCGACACCUUGUAGAGUCCAUGUCCCGACGAAUUGAGGCUGUUAUGAGGGCAAAAGGGGCAAAAGAAACCGUUCCAGACGGUUUCUAUUCCACAAGUUACCACCGGAUAUGACGUUAAAAUGCCUAUUUACUCUUCCAUCGCACUGUGCAAUCCACUGUCUCAUCAGCCCAGCCAGGCAAUUUCUAAACAUUAUAUAAAAAGCGUCUAGACAUUAUCUCCCAUUUCUUUUACAUUUUAGUCAUUUAGCAGACACUCUUAUCCAGAGCGACUUACACGAGCAAUUAGGGUUAAGUGCCUUGCUCAAGGGCACAUCGACAGAUUUUUCACCUAGUCGGCUCGGGGAUUAGAACCAGCGACCUUUCGGUUACUGGCACUACGCUCUUAACCACUAAGCUACCUGCCGCCCUUUUAGACUAGCGUUUGGUUUUCAACAGUAGAGAUUUGUAUAAACCUUGCAGUCUGUCUCUCCGACAUUUGCAACAUUGUUUCAAUAUUGAAAUUCGAUCUCCAGUUGUCCCAGAGUAAUGAACGUGUCGGGAUGAGACAGACAGGCAGACAGCUUUUCUCAGCCAGUCAAAAUCAUGAAUCAGCAUAAUUUGUAUGGAUAUAUACAAAGACAUUUCAAUAGAAAAACAGGUCAAACAAAACGAAAUGCAGCUAGUUUGCUGUCUUUACAGUUUCAGUUUGAAGUGAUUGUGUUAGCUGUGUAGUUGGCUAGCUCCUCUGAACAGUGUCCUGGCGAGAGAGCAAAUGUUUUAUGCCAGGCGAAAUCGCGCAUCAUUAGCUCAUUGUUAUGGAUGUAUCCAAAUAAAUGUCACUAGAGCACUAGAACAGCUUUAGCAAAUGCAGCCACUUUGCUGUUAUUCUGGCUGCACUGUUUGACUGUGAGUUAGCCGUAUUUGGCUAGCUAGCAAGCAAGGGAUAAGAACUGGCAACGGAACAUUUAGAACGAACGACUGGAUCUAGAACAAAGAUAUAGAACAAAAAGACUUCAUGACUGGGUCGCAUCUCUGGCAACCUAACUGAUAUAAUGAAUGACCUGCCAGCUUGGGUAGCAAGUAGCAACCCUAGAUUUGUGUCGGGACAAUAUCUCAUGGAAGGAUGAAAUAGUAUGAAUACAUUCAUCAAAAUCAUUAUUUGAAUAUGUCGGUAACCCGUUGUAUAAAAGUGAUAAUGCCCUCGAAGCCAGUGUUUGGAGGAUAUAUUGGCACGACUUCGUCUUGGGCCUAACAACACCCGUGCCAAUAUAUCCUCCAAACACCGGCUUCUCUGGCAUUCUCACUUAAACAACCUCAUCUGACUCGCACAGAUGGAGAGAGGGAAAAUCAAAAUGGAAGAUUUACUCUGCAUGUGUGACGGAAUAGAGGCUUCCUCCCUCCCUCUCUCUGACCUGGACACAUGGGCACAGUCUGUUGUUUAAUACUGGGUUGGACUGUAUAUCUCGUCCAGGGUUACCCUCACUAACAUCAAUAUCUACACAAAAUACUCCUCAAAUACCCCCAAACAAAAAGGGAGAUGAGACUGGUACACAUGUAAGUGCGGGUAAAUGUAACUGGGUGUUGUUUAGAAGAUGGAAUCCUAUGGAUUCACAUCUGCUUCUGCAUUGCUCUGUUUAUUCACAUAAUGGGAUCAGUGAGUAGCAGGGAGGCCUGGCAGAUAUAAUGGGCCCUGUUGACCUUUGUGUGUUUGACCUUUGGCCUGACCUGUUCGUGUGUGUAGAGGUCCGUGUAGUGUGUGUGUGUGGGGGACGGAGACAAAGGUGGAGAGCGAGCAAGAGAGGGAGGGAGGGAGAAUAUAAAAAGAAGAGGUGUGUGUGUGGGGUGAGGUAUCUGGUGUCGGCACAUAUUUGGAGCUGGUUUUGGCCGUGCAGACAGGCUGAGGGAGAGGAGACACAGCUGUUGUAUGCUGCUCCUACCAGGCAGGAAGGAACCAACCUUCAAACUACAACCUCCUCGUUUCCCUUAGAACCACUACCCUGCUGGGACCAGCUCCAUCUGA